AUGCAGUUAAUGACAAAUAUAACUUUACUCCUGGUUCUUGCAUUCAUUUACGGAGAAUACUUAGAGUCUCAUUUCGAAUUUGUUGGCCAUGUCCCCACUCCAGUCGAUGCUGAUUCUUGGACACUGACUUGCUACCAGUACGACAGAAACAGAACAAGUACUAUUGAGGGAGGCGAUGGGCCGUGUCGGCGCUACAAAUUGGUACAUAUUCCUUAUAUUUAUUAUCUUCACAGAAACAGAGCAGUGUGGUUAAUAGGACUGGCUUAUGCUUUACCAGCAGGGGUAUAUGGGGUAUGGGGAGCAGUCAUUGAUGUUAUACUGAAACCUGUAGGAAUUGAACAGACUGAGGUUGGAUGGAUUGGGUUUUACUCUAUAAUGGCAGGUUGUGUCUCAGGUCUAGCCAUUGGAAGAUUUUCAGAUGUGUUUAUGCGGCAUAUGAAGCUCUUCCUCUUGAUAAUGUUUGGUGUAGCUGGAGGAUCUUUUGUGUGGUUUACCCUAAUGUGUGUCAAGGUUAUACCUCUCUCCACAGUACAAGUGUACAUCUCCAACAUUAUGGGAGGGAUGUUUCUGAAUGGUGCUAUCCCCCUGUUUUAUGAACUGGGGGCAGAAUCUGCUUUCCCUGUAUCGGAGGGAGUGGUUGGGGGUUUUCUGACAUGGCUCAACAACAUGUUUGGAAUUCUUUUCUUGUUCAUGCUACAAAUACCUGGUAUAGGCACAGAUUGGAUGAACUGGACUUUGGUGGGCAGUGUAGCUAUAGGAUUGGCCUUCCUAUUUGUCUUCCCAGAGCGAUACACCAGAACUGAUAUAGACAUCUGUGUAGACAAAACAGAAACUGAUCACCCCGAAACCACGAUAAUAGUCAGACAAACUGUGUAUGAAAAUAUAUAAGAGUAAAUUUUAGGUGUUUGAGAGAGCAUUUGCCUCGGAAGAUUUUUAUAAAGUUAAAAAUCUAAAGCCGUUUUAAGAUUUUUAAUGAUUUUUAAUUCUGUUGUUGAAACGUUGCUGGGACUUUUUGGUCUUAUUAUAAGGUCAGUAUCUGCAUGUGUCAUGUUGAUAUUAUCAGCUCACCUGAGCUGAAGGCUCAAGUGAGCUUUUCAGAUCACAUUUUGUCCGUCGUCUGUCUGUCCGUCUGUCCGUCUGUAAACUUUUCACAUUUUCGACUUCUUCUCAAGAACUACUGGGCCAAUUUUGACCAAACUUGGUACAAAGCAUCCUUCGGUGAAGGGAAAUUCAAAUUGUUAAAAUAAAGGGCCAAGUCCCCUCACAAGGGGAGAUAAUCAAGAAAAGUCAAAAAUAGGGUUGGGUCAUUAAAAAAUCUUCUUCUCAAGAACCACUGGGCCAGAAAAGCUGAAACUUAUGUGGAAGCAUCCUGGGGUAGUGUAGAUUCUAAAUUGUUCAAAUCAUGACCCCCGGGGGAAGGGUGGGGCCACAAUGGGUAAUCAAAGUUUUACAUAGAAAUAUAUAGGAAAAAUCUUUGAAAAUCUUCUCAAGAACCACUGGGCCAGAAAAGCUGAAACUUAUGUGCACAUGGAAGGAUCCUGGGGUAGUGUAGAUUUCAAAAUGUCUAAAUUAUGAUCAGUGGGGUAGGGUGAGGAUGCAUUAUGUAUUACAAGGGGGAAAUCUGGUAAAGAACAGAAUGGUCAAAGCUUCUCAGGUGAGCGAUGUGGCCCAUGGGCCUCUUGUAUAUAUUUGAUCUCAUCUUCUCAAAUAUGUAUGUCCAGUUGAUUAAGCAUCGAAUCUACAUGUAUUCAUUCUAAGAAAAAUAAGAUAACCAUUGAUCAUUGAUAAUAUGACUUAUAAUUGAAUUUUUUAUUUAAAAAGUAUAUUUUCCAAUUAAAAAGUGGACGAGUUUAUAUUGUUAAAACAUACAAUUUCGACAGUUUUCGAAAUUCUUUUUUUUUUUAAU